AUGUCGGUCGGCGUCGGAAAACCCCUCAGAAACUACGCGGCGCAAAGCACGCAGUGUGUAAAUAUUAUUGCCUCGGCUGGACAAAGGUUUUUGUUAUCUAAAACCGGUGUCAGCGAGCGUGCACGACACGCGUGGCCAGCGGUAGAACGUGGAGUGAGGCUCGCGCGCCGACCCCGCCACCGUCUGAUAAGCCUGGCGCGACGCCCCCCGGCGACGCCUACGCCCCACUCGGCGCCAUCGCACCGGUGCAUCGUAAACACACCACCGACCGCCCCUCGGCACCCGACAUGGUCGUCGCAGCCACUGUCGCCGACGACCAGACGGGCCCCCGCGCGUUAUGCACCACACCUACGCACAAUUUCACAACUGCAACGCACCUACUUGGGCGCCUUGCAGAAAAUCAACAACUUUCGAUUCCUUAAAAAGAGGAGGAAACAGAGACUUGGCACUUGCGAAACUAUGGCGGUAGCCCAGAUACCAAUGAGAACAAUGAGGUGCAAACAAACGUAG